UGCUUCCCGCCGCUGAGUUGGAGAAGAAUUGAUCAGCCUGGUGGAAUGGCUCAGGCUCGCUUUUCCGGAGAGAGGCGGCGUUUCUCCGGUCCCGAGGAUGGUGACGCGACAGCUGCACAGGUGACCGCAGGCUUUCAGCCUUCUCUGGCAUCAUCUGGCGUGAGUAAAAUGCUUCCCGCAGUUCCAGCCACUGCGGUCCAGCUUUCCUGUUGUGGUUGUAAGAGAGUUUUUCAGGAGGGGCAGACUGCUUACCAGAAGAAAGGGUCUGCUGAGCUCUUCUGCUCCAGACUUUGUAUCAGUGAAUACAGCCCGUCUGCCGACUCCCCAGCUCCCCUCAGGAGGAUGUGCUUGAACUGCUCAAGAGACAUUUUAAAUCUGAAGGAUAUGAAGAAUAUCCAGUUGGAGGACAGUAGCUCUGGCAAAAACUUCUGUAGCCAGUCUUGCCUUUCAUCCUACAAAGAAAAAAGAAAGCCAUUUGUCGCCAUGUGUCCUGAGAGCACUCUGCUGAAGUGCAGCAUGUGUCAGAAGACGGCUACUAAACCACCCAGAAUACUCACAUCUUUUCCCUGCGAAACACUGAGACUCUCAGAUGAGAUGAUUAUGAUUACUAAUGAUUUGGGGAACAUGGAGGUUUUCUGCUCUCUUUGUUUUUCUUCAUACAACAGUGUGGUGAUGGAAUCUUCAACAGUAAAUGUUUCCAUGGUACACAGUGCUUCAAAAGAGAAUCUUUCUCCAAGGAAAUACCCAAUUCCAGUUAUAAGCAAUAUAAUGUCAUUAGUAAAUGACCAUGUUGACCUGUUCACGAACACUGAUCUCUUACAAGGUUCACUUUCUUCUGUACCUACAAAUAUCAUUAUAGAUAGUGAAUCCAGUAGUGGUGUUGGUAAUAGUGUGGAGCAGCCAAGCCUCCUUCCAUCUUCACCGGUGCUCUUUGAGGACACAGCUGGCCCUGCUGUGGAAGCCCAGAACAGCAGGGUGUCAAACCAGAAAAAUUUUACCUGCCGGAGAGAAUCAUUUGCAACCCAAGGAACUGCUGACUGGGAGAAGACCCUAGAAAAAUUCAGGAAGCACGAAGAAAGUGAAGUGCAUUUAAAGUCACUGCGGUUUUGGAGACGGUACCAGUUUCUGGACGAAGUUCCACGUGAUGGUUCAUCUGUUUGUUCAGAACCUAUUGACGGAAGUAGAAGGUACCUAAAGCUUGUCAUCGAAAGCAUCUUAUUUCUUGGAAAACAGUGUUUGCUCCUAAAAGGAAAUGACCAGUCUAUUCCAUCCACUAAUAAAGGCAAUUUUUUGGAAUUACUAGAAAUUCGAGCAAGAGAUAAAGGAGAAGUGUUUCAGCUUCUGAGUUCACAUGGUGAUUUCUAUCACAGUACACAAGUUCAGGAGGAGAUUAUUGAAGUAAUAAAGGCUGAAAUGCUGCAAGACAUUGUGAGUGAGCUCCGUGUCGCCUCGGCUUUCUCAAUAAUAUGUGAGGAGACAGCUGACGGUGCCACUGAAGGGCAGCUUUCCGUGUGUGUGAGGUACCCGCACACAACCUCAAGUGCUGUCCUCGUUAAAGAAAGGUUCCUGGGGUUUGUUAAUAUCGAGGAAAUGACUGCAGUCCACAUACACAGGCAUAUCAAAGCUUACCUGCAGCAGGUCGGGAUUGAUUUUAAUAAGAUAUGUGGUCAAGCCUAUGAUCUAGCCACAAAUUUGAGGGUAAAAUUUAAUGAAGUUGUAACAGAAUUCAAGAAGGAAGAACCAAGAAUUUUGUAUGUCCAUUGUUAUGCACAUUUUUUUGAAUUAGCAGUCAUUAGUUUCUGUAAAGAAGUAAAAGAACUCCGAAGGACACUACAUACUCUGAGCUCUUUGUUCAGCACUGUUCGUAUGUCGGGAGAGAUGUUGGCAACUUUGCAAACCAUGUGUAAGCUAAGUAAAAAUAAAACUUGUCAAAAACACGCAUCCCAGUCGUGCUGGCCAGCCCAUGAUGACUUGUUGCUGUCUGUGACGGAGUGUCUUCCAGAGGUCAUUGAGACUCUGCACUUGGUGGCUCACCAGUCCGCAGGCACAGCUGCGGCUGGCCAACUGAAUGAUUUGUUGGUAGCGGUUACCAAGUUUGAAUUUGUAUUUUGUUUGAAAUUUCUUUAUCGAGUACUCAGUAUUACAGGAAUUCUUUCCAGAGAGUUUCAAAGUGAAACUGUAGACGUCUUCUCUUUGUUUUCAAAAAUCAAAGCAAUUUUGGAAUGUUUAUCUUCUGAAAGGGAUGAAAUGUAUUUCCAGACUAUCUGGGAUGGAACAGAUGAAAUAUGUAAAAAAGUAACCAGUAAAGGUUUUGAAGUUGAAAAACCCUCUUUUCAAAAAAGAAAAAAAAUUCAGAAAACAGAAGACCCUGGCAACUCAGAGAGUGUGUUUUUUCCUACCUCAGCAGGUGAACACUAUAAAAUUAGUAUUUAUUACCAAGGUCUGGAUAUUUUGUUAAAAAACUUAAAGUUAUGUUUUUCAGAGUUUGACUAUUGCAAAAUGAAACAAAUUUCUGAGCUAUUGUUUAAAUGGAAUGAACCAUUAAAUGAGUCAGCAGCCAAACAUAUUCAAGACUUUUAUAAACUCGAUGGGGACAUUAUCCCUGAACUUCGAUUUUACCGUCAGUAUGCAAAUCUCAACUUUGUCACAGAUUGUGGCUCCUUAAGCUUCAUAGACCUCGGCUGCUUGUUUAGUCAGCAUGGUCUCCACAAUAAUAUUCCUUGUCUCUCAAAACUGUUACAUAUUGCUUUAUCUUGGCCAGUUACUUCAACAAAUAAUGAAAAGUCAUUUUCCACACUGCCUCAUCUUAAAGCAUACUUACUUCAUACCAUGGGACAAGAGAAACAAACUGGCCUGGCUCUAAUGGCUGCUGAGCAAGAACUGGUAAAUAGGUUGAUGGAGCCUGAAAGACUCAGUGGAAUUGUGGAAAAGUUUAUUAGCCAAAUGAAAGAAACAUAUGACUUGCAACUUUGA